UGGAACGAUGCUGUCAUAUCAAAGCAUAAGUUUGUGCAUUCUUUUCAGUUUCAUUGCGACUGUAUGUCGAGAAUUCAUUUAGCUCAGUGAUACUCAAAAAUGUCCCCAGUGAAAAACGAUGGAGAAAGUGAUGCCGAUGGGGAUAUGUCGGGAGGAGAAUCCGACCAUUCCGCUUCCAGCCGAGCUCCAGACCAUGACUCGAGUGCGGAAGAAGCGGACGAACCGGAUUCGGACGAUUCGUCGGAGAUGAGCGAGGAAGAAUGCGAACGAAGACGAUCCGACUGUCUUGACAAUCUUACAAAUCUAGAAAAGCAAUUUAUGAUCCUUAAGGAACAGUUGUACAAAGAGAAAAUAAACCAGAUUGACCAACAGCUACAAGAGGUUCGCGGUGGGCGGUCACAGGAGUAUCUAGCCCCUCUGCAGCGGCUGGCCGACAAUAUGAACACUCGGAAAGAAGUGGCUGAGAUCCUUAAAAAUUUCCGAAUGGAAAACAUCCGCCACAAAUUCGAAGCGGAACUACAGGCAGCUCGACAGCAUUUUGAGAGUGAGAAGCAACUGGCCAUGGAUGUCAUUUAUGAGGAGCUGAUGGAGAAGAUUCGAAGGCUUGAGGAGGAUCGUCAUAAUGUGGACAUCUCAUGGGCAGAUUGGGGAACCAAUACGAGAACCUCAAAAGUACGAGGACCUGGACGGAAAAAGGCUGUCACUGUGUCUGGGCCAUACAUCGUAUAUAUGCUUCGUGAGGAAGAUAUUCUUGAAGAUUGGACAUCGAUAAGAAAGGCACUGAAAAGGUCAACGGCGGCAGCUACCUGAUAUUUAGUGUAGUGUUGGUAAAACACUUUUAUCAACUUACAACUAUUUUAUGAUAGGUUUUUUUAAUAGUAGCUGAAAAUCGUAUAUAUGAAUGUUCAAUCGUAUUAAGGUAUUCUUAGUUUUACGAUUUAAGUACUCUCCUCAGUUUGAAACGAAAAAGUGAAUGUUCUCCGAAUGAGUUUUCUGUGUUAUGUAUUGUACUUCAAUAAGUUUGUAUUGCUUAUAUCUUUGUGGCAAUGAAUACAUUAGAUUUAAUAAUAAUAA